AUGCAGGACGAGGAGGAGGACGAGGAUGAUGAUGAGGAUCGGCAGCGGUGGCGAGAAGAGAUGGAAGCGCGCCCACCCGGGCUUGGCGCGCAGACUGUUGGAGCAAUUUCCGCAUGUUUCUCUCGACAAUCACACGUCACAACAGGUAGUCUAUCACACGUCACAACAGGUAGUCUAUCACACGUCACAACAGGUAGUCUAUCACACGUCACAAUAGGUAGUCUAUCACACGUCACAACAGGUAGUCUAUCACACGUCACAACAGGAAGUCUAUCACACAUCACAAUAGGUAGUCUAUCACACGUCACAACAGGUAGUCUAUCACACAUCACAACAGGUAGUCUAUCACACGUCAAAAUAGGUAGUCUAUCACACGUCACAAUAGGUAGUCUAUCACACGUCACGACAGGUAGUCUAUCACACGUCAGAAUAGGUAGUCUAUCACACGUCACAAUAGGUAGUCUAUCACACGUCACAACAGGUAGUCUAUCACACGUCACAACAGGUAGUCUAUCACACGUCACAACAGGUAGUCUAUCACACGUCACGACAGGUAGUCUAUCACACGUCACAACAGGUAGUCUAUCACACGUCACGACAGGUAGUCUAUCACACGUCAGAAUAGGUAGUCUAUCACACGUCAGAAUAGGUAGUCUAUCACACGUCACAACAGGUAGUCUAUCACACGUCACAACAGGUAGUCUAUCACACGUCACAACAGGUAGUCUAUCACACGUCACAACAGGUAGUCUAUCACACGUCACAACAGGUAGUCUAUCAAACGUCCCAACAGGUAGUCUAUCACACGUCACAAUAGGUAGUCUAUCACACGUCACAACAGGUAGUCUAUCACACGUCACGACAGGUAUUCUAUCACACGUCACAAUAGGUAGUCUAUCACACGUCACGACAGGUAGUCUAUCACACGUCACAACAGGUAGUCUAUCACACGUCACAAUAGGUAGUCUAUCACACGUCACGACAGGUAGUCUAUCACACGUCACAACAGGUAGUCUAUCACACGUCACAAUAGGUAGUCUAUCACACGUCACGACAGGUAGUCUAUCACACGUCACAAUAGGUAGUCUAUCACACGUCACAACAGGUAGUCUAUCACACGUCACAAUAGGUAGUCUAUCACACGUCACGACAGGUAGUCUAUCACACGUCACAACAGGUAGUCUAUCACACGUCAAAAUAGGUAGUCUAUCACACGUCACAAUAGGUAGUCUAUCACACAUCACGACAGGUAGUCUAUCACACGUCACAACAGGUAGUCUAUCACACGUCACAAUAGGUAGUCUAUCACACGUCACGACAGGUAGUCUAUCACACGUCACAAUAGGUAGUCUAUCACACGUCACGACAGGUAGUCUAUCACACGUCACAACAGGUAGUCUAUCACACGUCACAACAGGUAGUCUAUCACACGUCACAAUAGGUAGUCUAUCACACGUCACAACAGGUAGUCUAUCACACGUCACAAUAGGUAGUCUAUCACACGUCACAACAGGUAGUCUAUCACACGUCACAACAGGUAGUCUAUCACACGUCACAACAGGUAGUCUAUCACACGUCACAACAGGUACUCUCUUGAGUCGUAUAUAGAGCAGUGCGCAAACCACUACACCACCGCUCCCCACCAUAGAAACACAAACAUAUAAAUACACGCUUACUCUCCCACACACGUACAUGUAUGUACACUCACACAUACGCACACACAUACGCGUUGAAGAUGCCUGCGUGUCUCUGUGUGUCCGCGUGUGUUCCCUGUGCUGUGGGAGCAGCGGUGCAGGAGUUAGCGCACUGCACUACGAACCCGGCCACCCGAAUUAGAUUCUCUGGCCAACACCAUUAACGAUCAUCCGAACCGGUCCUGGGCCUCCCCUAGGUCGCCUCAGCCUCAAAUUAGCACCUGGUGCGUUGUGGAAAUACCGCCACUUGUGAGACAGAGGCGGCCAGGCGUGGUCGUGGCAACCCCUCGCGUGCCGUUCCAGAAUGUAUACGUACAGGCUCACAGCGCUUGCCCUAACAGUCUGUGAAGGCUACACGGGGGAUCUUUGUCUGCGGGAUCUCUCUUUCUCCGGCUAGAAUACGAGGUGACUUCUGCUCCUUUCGACUCUCGACUCCACUGCGGGGGACAAAUGCGAACGCCGCGUGGCCACGGGAACGAGGCGGGAUGCGGCCUCGGACCGCGGCGAUGCCCACGGUACUCCGCCAUCGUCGCGAUCCGAUCCCCGCGUCUCCCUCACCGCGGCAUUCACCGCCGCCGCUCCGCCUACCGUGGAACACAGCGUGCGCGGUUCUUACUGCAACAUCACCAGCCACGGUCUAUCCACUGCUGGAUGAGCUCUCACUAACCCAUUCCUCUGGCCAUCCCUCCGCCACCCCGCGAUGCCAGUACUCAUCUCGUGCAGGUCACCGAGCUGAUCCCCAUCCCUCCCAUCGCUGCUGUGGACCUCCUCUCGGGAGCGUUUUUAAUCCUUUGCCUGCCAUGCCGUGGUUAGUCUCGAGCCCCGUUCAUCAUCUCGCCUGCUAGCCAUGCAGCCUGCCCAUCGCCGCUCAAAAAUGAAUAUUGGCAGACAACGUGGUGUAAGAUUUGCAUUUAUUUUCUGGUCCACGUGCUCCUCCUCCUCUCUCUGCAUCUCAGGGUAAUUCUCAGAUGCGACUUUGCCUGUCCCGUUGCGCACACGAUGAUGUUGUUGCUUUGUUGCUGCUGCUGUUCCAUCGCAAAUCGCCGUUGUUGAUAUUUUUAUCAAUGCCAUCGCGUGGAAGAUGCAAUGAUUGAAAACUAUCUCUCUCCCUUCUAAGGCACUGUGGUGAAUACAUCCCGCGUCUCACGAGCACUCCGAGUCACUAGCCCCUCUGCCCGAGAGACCACAGCAGCAAUUAGAACAGGACAGGCGUGCGCGGGUCUCCAGCGAUAGACGCCGUGGUGGCAGGGGGCAUCCUCCUCCACGCACCGUGGCGGCCUCAUAUGGGACGUGGUUUGUGGCGUGGUAUUUUGCACGGUCGUUGGUGUGGGAUUAUUCAUGGUCAUCGAAGUACCAUUGGGGCGUGGUAUUUUGUGUAUUGUGCUGUGUGGUAUGUAGCAUGGUAUUCGCUGCACCGUGGCAUGUUAUACGUGGCGUGGUACGAGCACCCGUCCAGAGUUCAGGGGGUCUGAGACGCGACGAGAGGAAGAAGGGAGAGGAGUCGAACCGAGCGGGACUCGCGACUCGGGGGGAGUGGGGGCGGUGGGCGGGGGGUCCGCGACCCUCGCCCCCGAGUCGCCCCGCGGAUCAAUUAAUGGAUUAUUAAUUAAUUAAUUGGCGUCCCCGGGUCAGUGAACGCGGAUUGAGUGGGCAGUCCGUGAAUUUGGCUCCUGCGGCCACGUGGAGACCUGGCGCCUCCUGAUCAAUACUCAACAGGGCAUACAUAAUAUACACAACAUCAACACAAUAUGCACAACAUCAACAUAAUAUACACACCAUAAACACAAUACACACACCAUCAACACAAUAUAUA